CCAACCGCCAAAAGGAGAGAGCGCUUUGCAGGCGCACGCGGUGUCGCAGCCCUAUAAGAAGGACGGGCGUGUACCAGGCUUCGAGCAACGUGAACGUGGUCAACGGCUGGUGGUGGCGCGCGCCUGAGCCUGUGUGUGUGCGCUCUGCUUUGGAUACGAUCAUGGGGGCAGAGCGACUUUUGCGAGGCGCCAUUUUCUGGCUACUAGCGGUCAGCGUCGCCAUCGCUGCCGCGCCCACAGACGCGGACUCUGCGUCAACGUCGCGGAGGCCACUCCAGCAGCAGUCCGGCCGGAGAACGGCAGAAAAAGCGACUCUUGGAAGUUUGCGGCCCGCUGAAUCCUCUGGCUACUCCACGGCGAGCGGCCACACGGCGGCAGCGCCCUCUUCGCCUCGAGGCUACAAGAGCCACGGCUUCUACGACGUCUACCAAGGUUACGACAAGGGCUUCUCGGACAUCAUCUACUGGGUGCCCCUGAUCAUCAUCUUUGGCGCCGGCAUCAUCUUCCUGCCGGUGCUGGGAGCCCUGUUCGCCACGUUCGCCGCCGGAACGGCAGGCGCUGCGGUCAGCACGACCGUGGCCGGUCGCAGGAGGCGCCGCCGGGACCUCCCGUCGCUCGAAGCCGCCCUGGACGCGCUCGCGGCCCUCGAAAAAGCGAUCGAGAAGUUCCGGAGCCUAGACGGCGCUUCGUAACGCGAGGACAAGAAUGGAACGCCGGCUGCAGGCACAGCCGACGGGCAGUUGACGAAGUCUAGAUGGCGACGCAUUGGAAAGCCCCAGAGACCCUUUGUGAAAGGGCUGAGCGGUCGCCGGUGUUAACACUCGUUCACCGCGUCAAUCUUGUGUUUUGUUUUGUUUUCAACGAGGGCUCAGAAGAUCCGUUGGUUUUCCCAAAAUUUGUUGCAGCCAAAUGAAGCCAACAGACAAUGAAGGAAAUGAAGGCUUCAGGCAAAUUGACUGUUCUUUUAGUUGAUAUGUGCAAACAACAAGGAAUCGGCGAAUCAAGGUGCACGAGUAGACAGUUUGCAGUCCGUUGGAGCUGAACUCACUCCUUUCGCUUUACGAAACCGCGUUAUAAAUCUUGCCUUGGGAGUGCAAGCCAUUACGACUCGUCUACUGAGAUAGCUAGAGCGGCACUGGCUAGCAUUGCCAGGGCCAGGUGUAAUACACUUAAAUACCCAAGAAAGUGAACGGGAGAACAGCUGCCGCCACAGUUUCGAUAUUUCUAGCGCGUAUUUAAAUAUGUCGUAGAACGAACGCCGAUUAGAACUUUGCGGUGAGCUACCCUAUCAACACUUUCGUUGGCUCUCAUCCAACACAUUAAUCGUGCGAGUGGAAAAAGUCGCACGAAGAAAAUCGCACUGUCCGUGAGCGCCUAAGUGAACAACUUUAUCUCUCCGUGCAUAGAAAUUUUCCGAAAGCUCAUAUAGCGUCCAAGUUAAAUAUAUUCUUUUUCCUGCUGUGUUGGUAUAUGUGUGGCACAUACAGGAUGUCCCUAUCAUGCACCAAGCUUUUUUUUUUUCAUAGGAGAAUGCGUCCUAUGCUCAUCAAACCAAUUGAAUGUCAUUGUCAGCAGCCUGAUCGAGCGUCUCGCAUUUUUUUUGGUUCUUUGUAAAUAGUUCAUUUGUAAUGAAUAAUAAAACAAACUUUUUAUUUAGUACAAUUACGGCAGACAUGUCAACGUUAGGUGCUAGAACAACUUCUAAGACCUCAAUUUGAAUUGUUCGCGAUACGCCAUAUUUCGCACGGCUAUCGUUUCUGUUAAGAAAAGGCCUCGAAAAAUGUAAAAUGUACCACGUGACUACGCGCGAGCUCGCAGCGAUGACAGUGCACUUCAAAGAGCUCAGUGGUAAACAUCUUGGCUCAAGCGCAUCACCCUGCAAAACGCGUCGCGUUGGCAUUGGUUCUCAAGCAUGCGGCGCGCGCCCAUGACGAAUGACCAGGAUAUGACCAGAGCAAAGCGAUAACAAGCGCGCGGAACUCAGCUAAAGGCAUUGUUUGUUGUUUCGCUACAAAUUGAAACGGCGAUGACCGGCACAGUCAUAGCACAAUGUGUAUAAAACGUUCGUACGUCAGAGAGUCUGCGCUAAUAAAACUAAACCGGAUAAGUUGAUAACUCUUGUGAAUAUUUCGUUUCUUUCUUUCCUUCUUUGCUUUCUUUUUUUUUAUUUAACGUUAUCACCGUGUGCCGCAAGCUUGCAAACAAGCCCAAACGCGAGGCGGUGUGCUCGGUGGAGCCCUAGAGGCGAGAUGUUUACUUUCCCACUGAGCUCGUUAAAGAGCGCUGUGGUCGCUGCGCGUGGACGUGCAGUCACGUGGUGUAUUUUUGUAUUUCGAUGGAUUUCUUUUAACGCACGGAAAAAAGAGCCGCGCGAAAUGCAGCGUGGCGCAAACGAUUGAACUUGAUGUUUUCGAAGACGCUGUACCACCUAAAGUUUACAGAUCUGCCAUAAAUAAAUUAAUUAAAGGUUUCUUAAUCAUUUAUUACAAACUAUUUAACUAGGAAGAACACAGAAAACACUAGAUGCUCCGUUAGGUUGCUGCUAGCAGCAUCAGAUUGCUGGUUUCAUUUGUAUAGAAGGUAGUCAUUUUUUUUUAGGUUUGCUGCAUGAUAACUUGGACACUCUGUAUAUAUUGUUUUAUGUUACUGCGGUGAGAUCUGACCUCAAGACACCAGCAGAGAAGGCAUCUUGAACACAUUACAGGUACGGAACUUGAAACCCGAAAUUAGAUAUAGCAAUGCCAUUCCGGUUUUUUUUAUUGGAUUCUUUCACUUAUUUGUUUCCAGACAAGAUCUGGCACCUUUCAGCAAGCUUUCGAAUGUAAUCAAGACACAUAUUCCGUGCUUAAAAGGAAGUUUUAGCUCGGGUGCUCGUAUCCAAAUACAUGUAAAAGGAGAAUUUGUUUUUCUGGGCAAGCACUAAAUUUGACGAGAUUUGUUGCAUUUAAAGGAAAAACUUAAGAUCUAGUGAUUGUUGGUUUCGAAUUUUUUAUUUAGGGCGUCAAUAUAGUAUUAAAAAUUUAUUAUUUAUUAUUUAUUAAAAAUCUUAUUCAAAAUUUUCAGGAAAGGAAACUUUCAAGUUUACCACUCUAUAAAUCAGCAAGGAAAGACGAUCUCACAAUUCUGUGAAUUACAUCUGAUAGCACAUCUAAAGCGGAAAAAAUUGAUUUGUUACACACGAAUCUAAAAAAAAAAUUAGUAGUAUUGACAUACAGCUUUCGCUGAACCCUUGCACGCAACGUAACAAAUUCACGUAAGAUAUAAAUUCACAUAUCAAAUUUGUCCGCUUUAAAUGUUCUAAUAGAUACCGCUUACAGAACCGCGAUAUAUGUUCUUUAUGUGCAGCCAUUAAUUUGUAAACUUCAUGCGUCUAUUUUUUUUCCAACUUUCGAAUUCUUUAAAAAUCUUAUAACAAAAUUCAGGCCCUAAAUCAAAGUUCCGCUUCCAACAGUCACUUGAAUUUAACUUUCUCUCUGAAAUGCAUCACAUUUCAUUAAAAUCGGUCAAGGGGUUAUCUCAGAAAAGCGUUUUUGCCUUUUACAUCUAUUUGAGCAGGCCUCACCGGAGUUGGGCCCGAACUCAAGCUUCCUCUUAAGGUAACCGCCUAAGUCGUCGUUACCCUGCUCAACUAUUCCGUAUACAGUGGGACGAUUCUAUGUUUUAAAUAGUAGUCAGGAAUUUUAGACUAUAGAUCACUAUUUACGAAUCAUAUAAUACGCGGAUAAGUAAUGCGUUGUCAUUCUUUAUCAAUAGUUCGGAAAGUACAUAGUACGUAUUAUCCGAUCACGUACAAGAACGUCUCAGUAGGACAAUACAGGGAAUGUUUCGCUCGCUGCCCGGUGCCAGAUGCCUGUCUACAUGUCUAUCGCAGCUAAUGUCGAUAGCAAUCUUACUUUUGGAUGCGCCGGAACUUAUGUUACCUCGCUGCGCAAUCUAAGUGUGCUGGUGUUGUUGAUGCAAUGACAAUUGAUUCGAGCUCAAUUUAUAUGUUUUCAGAUUGCAUUAAAUGAUAUUGUAACCAA